AUGGAAGUUGGGGGGUUAGAGAAUUUAACAAAUGAUCCAACAUCUCAGCGAAUUGAUUAUUUAAUCGAAUCAUUCAUAAUUGAUGUUGAUUAUGAGUUUGAUUUUGGAGUUAGUAUAGGAAAUCGGGGAAUAAUUGGAGGAACUUUUUGCGAUAAGUUCUAUCUUGUUGAAUCUUGUAAUUGUUCUCAUUUCUCGCGAGAACGGUCAACAGCAAACGUUGAUAAAA